AUGGCGACCCAAGAGGCCGAGCCCGCACCCACUAACGGGGCCACGUCGUCGAAUCCAGAGCUCGACAUCAAGAAGCUGCACGCGCUUCCCUCAGAGCAGCAAGAGCUCUACCUCCUGACCUUUUCGUCCGAUCUUGCGCGCCAUGUCGCUUCGCUUGACGCCGACGGUGCAUCUGCCCACCAAAUUUACAUAAAGAAGGAGCUGUUACAGAUCAUCAAUCUCUCUUCGCCGCCCCCCACUCGAGUUAUACGGGAGAACCUUGGGAGAGCAUUCCAUGGCAUAUUCGACAAAGGAGAUAGAAAGCUGCUCUUUGAGUCCAUCAACGAGCUAGUGAGCAUACUCAAUGGUGCCGGAAAGACGGAGAAGGACAUCAGGGCAAAGCAUGCGGCAGCCUACUGCCUGGGCGCUGUGUUCGAGGCUGCAGGGGAUAGCGCGAUCGGACUGCAUCCUGGAGCAGUGGGAUCGUUGUUGCGCCUCGUAAAGGUUGCGCAAACUCACACUGGAUUAAGAGCGACGGUGUUGAAGGCAGCGGGAAAGGUAUUCAAGGGAGUGGGACGUCAUGCCGAAGAACCCAUUGCAAGAGAUGCAUGGAAGCAGGGCCGUGCCUUGUCUGCUGGCGAUAAAUCUGCUUUUGUGCAGACGAGCGCUUGCUAUCUUCUGGAACAACUGAUUCGGCAUACACCCUUCUUCGACAAUUCCACCGAUUUCGAUAAGCUGCAGAAUGCCAUCUGGAAGACCAUCGAUAGCCCAUCGGCGUCUGUGAGACAUUCGGCGGCAUCUUGCAUCAGUUCGUCACUGGUAAAGAAUUAUUCGGAGUCGGCACCGGUAGAAAUGACUCUGGUGCGGUCCAGAACCUGGAAAAAGAGCAAGAAACCAACUGAUAUAGAUGGGGAUGAGGACAUUAUCGAGCGCCCAGAUUCACCAGCACCGAAGAAAUCCGCUGCAAGGCUAUCGUUCAACGUACCGGCCCUCCUCAAGCAACUGUCGAAUCAGUACUGCCGACCAGCGACAAGCAGCAGAGCAAGAGCUGGCAUCAUGCAUUGCUACUUAAAGGCAUUGCGAGGAUUGGGCGAGCACGUGGUCGAGACAAAGUAUGCGGACAUUGCGCGCCACUUCUUCCUCGAUAUCCUCAGCAGUCCGACCAUCGUUCAAAACCGGUAUCGCACACUCAGCACUAGAAGAUAUGUCGCUGUCAUUCUUGAGACUGUCGUUGGCCGCGAAAUGCUCGGAGAGUCAGGCCAAUUGAACGCGGCGCGCUUCCUCGUCAAUGAUAUCCUCAAAGACUACCCACAAGUGCUCAAGGAAAGGCCCGAACCCUCGAAACAGACGUUGAUCGGCGCUCUCAGCACACUCUCUUCAUUGUUUGAUAGUCUUGGCUCAGCAACCAACGUCAUUGCCGAUUCUUGUCGUGACGCGCUACUUCAGGUGCUGCAGCAUCAUAGUUACACGGUCCAGGUGUAUGCAUCGUCUUGCUUGCGUUCAUUCGUUUUGGCAUGUCCGCUGCAACUUCUACCUUCCGUCACUAUUUGUAUGAACAGCGUCAACAGGGAGCUCGGGCUGUUAGCAGGUCCGCGACAAGCACCUAGGAGAUGCGUUGGUCUCGCAAAUGGGCUCUCCGCUGUACUGAGUACCUCUACAUCGCAGCCGCUCCAUGGAUCCGUCGAUGUCAACUCGCGAGUACUGUCACAAGCUACGUCCCUGCUGAAGUCGAGUAGCAACUCCGACCUGCGGAUAUCGGCUACUCAGAUUCAAGUUGCCUGGAUAUUGAUAGGGGGGCUGAUGACGUUGGGUCCCAACUUCGUCAAGAUCCACUUAUCACAGCUCUUGCUGCUCUGGAAGAACGCGCUACCAAAACCGCUGAACAAAGACAAUAUGGUACAGCGGAACGUGCUCGAGCUGAGCUUCCUGGCUCACAUACGCGAGUGCGCGCUCGGCUCAGUAUUGACAUUCCUGGAAUUCAACAGCAGACUACUUACGUUGGAUGUGACAAAGAGACUGGCAGCGAUGCUGCAAAACACGACAAUGUUUUUGAACACACUGCCCAGCAAGAAGACCACCGACAUUGUCUCGGAGCGACUGUCGCCAGUCCUCCAGCUACACGACUUCGAUCUUAUGGUGCGAAGAAGAGUCUUGCAGUGUUAUACAAAGUUGGUUGACCUGAGUCCUGCUGGCAGCAGUGAAGUCCUCCUUCAAACAAAUCUACUCCCUUUCGCGGUUGCGGCCUUCGCCGAUCCUGAUCAUUACACGCCGAGCUCUCUAGGCAUUGCUAUUGCGAGUUCUGCUGGCAGUUUUGAGAGCAUAUGGGACGUUGCGGACAACUACGGCUUUGGUGUGACCGGAUUGGUCAAAGGCUAUGAUAUCGAGCCCCUACCAGGCGAGCAUGAGCCCGAAAAUCAGCAUCAUUGGGUUACAAGACACGGCCCUGAAGCUAUCAUCGAUCGCACGCUUCUUUCGCCCAUUUGCAGUGCUCGCGAGCACGACUCAAUAUCUUUAUACAUUCGAAAGGUCAAUGACCCCUUCAACCUACCUAACCCGCCCGCAACCGAGGUUGUAAACUCUGCUCUGCAGCUCUUUGCGAUAUGCCUCCCUCUUCAAACUCCCAAGAUUCAGGAAAGCAUCCUCGAACAGAUAACAUCGUUUCUAUCGGCUGGCAGCUUACAGAGAGAUGUACAUCGAAAAUCCGCCAUGAUGGUAAAUAUCGCAUAUGCCCUUCUCGGUGCUUUGAAGGUGGCUGUAAAGGAGACGCGUUCCGCUUCUGGUGAUCUGAAAGGCUCAGCUGUCGAGAAGGUCAUUCAGGAGCUUCUGCACUUGUUUAUCGUUCUGCCCGAUCCUUACGUACGCAACGUUGCAGGAGAGGCUUUGGGCCGCUUAUGCAACAGUUCUGGUAACGCUCUUACCACGACUGAGGUCAAAUAUCUGGUAGACCAGAUCGUAGCAAAUCGCGAACCGAACGCACGAUCUGGAUAUGCGGUUGCACUGGGCUGCAUACACUCUCAACUUGGAGGCAUGGCUGCUGGAUACCAUCUGAAGAAUAUCCUUGGGAUACUAAUGUCGCUUGGGAACGAUCCACAUCCCGUUGUACAUUUUUGGGCUUUGGAAAGCCUGUCCAAGGUUGCCGACUCUGCGGGCCUUACUUUCUCCAGCUACGUCACCAGCACGCUCGGUAUGCUCGCACAAUUGUACGGCUCGGACACGCACAAUGCCGAAUCGGCCAAUCUCGCCAAUUCAAACCUCGAACUGGACCUGCCGACUCCAGCCGUCAUCGCACGCUGUAUAGACAGCACAAUUAAUGUUCUUGGUCCAGACCUCCAAGACAUGUCCAAAGCACGAGACAUGGUGAUGACGCUGAUUGGGCUCUUCAAGGCUGAGUCCGAUGUCCUCAUCACUAUCGAGAGUUUGAAGUGCCAGGAGCAUCUUUCUCUAUACGCGCCAGGUCACAUUCAGUUUUCUCAGUAUAUUGGACAGCUGCAACAGGCGGUCGAAAGCAAUGCCACACAGAUACGUGACAUGGCCGUCGAUGGUUUACAUAAUCUGAUGCGGAGAGAUACGGAAGAGGUCAUACGGUCAGGCAACCCAGGGCUUGAGGACCAGCUCUGGCACGUUCUCGACAGAGAUCCCGAACACGAGGUCGUGCGAAACAUCAUCCGUAAUUGGCUGCACCAGACCGGACUUACCGACACGGCUACCUGGGUUCAAAGAUGCCAUUCCGUGCUGACCAAAACGAAGAAAGUGACUGAAGCAGAAGAAAAAGUGGACACUAAACCGAAAGGCGGCCAAACUGACUUGCAGGAUGAAGAAGUCGCUGGCUUUGCUGCCGCAGCUAAUGCACCAGGUGAAGAUGGGACCGCUACACAGAGUAGCCAGGAGUUGUUGAAGUGGCAGGUUCGGACAUUCGGCAUGGACUGCUUGAGCGAGCUCUUGGCUAUGGUGAGCAAGGAGGCGGCGUUCCGAGAAGAAGCACCUUGUGUGUUGGCACUGCAGAAGCGAAUAGCAGAUGUCGUUCGCAUCGCAUUCUCGGCAUCUACUGCGGGAGUUGUGCAGCUGCGGAUACGUGGGUUGAAGAUCAUCGACCAAGUCCUCAAGCUAUUUGGUAAGACGCCAGACCCUGACUUCCCGGAAGCAACUCUACUCGAGCAGUAUCAGGCGCAGAUCGGAUCUGCGUUGACGCCUGCUUUUGCGGCAGACUCGUCGCCGGAGCUUGCGGCAGAAGCUGUCAAUGUGUGUGCAACCUUCAUUGCGACGGGUAUCGUGACAGAUGUCGAUCGUAUGGGACGUAUACUCAAGCUUCUCGUGUCGGCGCUCGAAAACUUCUCCAGUGAAACGGAAGCCGCCACCAUUGGUGAUCUCAAAGGCCUCAGUUCAAACGCAGCAGUCAUGGUUAAGAUGUCAGUGUUCUCCGCAUGGGCGGAGCUCCAGAUUGCUAGCGCAGAGCAGAAGUACCUAGUCGACGUUCUAAAGCCUCACAUUGCUCGCUUGACUCCGCUUUGGCUCGCCUCGCUCCGGGAGUACGCUCGUCUGAGGUUCGAACCUGAUAUCUCAUCGAUGGGCUCCGCAUCACUGUCUGGCAGCUUGGACACAAUUUAUGCUGCUCUGAAUAGGGAAACACUGCUCAAGUUUUACCAAGAGUCAUGGCUCAACCUCGUCGAUGCGAUCGCAAGUCUGAUCGAUGAAGACAGCGAGUUCGUCUUCGACGCGCUAGAUGGCAAGACCGAGUUUGACGAGCAAUCAUCGACGCCCAGCAAGAACCCUGAUCACAUCAACUAUCGCGAUGAACCUGUAGCAUUCUUCUUCGUGCUUUUCGGUCUAGCGUUUGAGGCACUAGCAGGCCGCCCAGGGGACCUGCAAGCUUCUAAAGAGCAAAUAUUGGAAAUUCUCCAGGCAUUGAAGAAGAUCCUCCGUCCAUCGGUCUCCGGUCAUGCUAUAUACCAAGAGGUGGUGUUCUCGGAAACGAUGGACAUGCUUGACCGUCUAGUCCUUACGGAAGGGCUGCAAGUUCAAACGGUGAUUGUGGAGAUCGCGAGAAACCUCUGUCUGGGCCACCCGUCAGCUAAGAGAGCUCACAGUGCUCUUGAUGGCGACGAGCAUCUGUCUGAUGAUAUUGAGCAAUUGUUCGAACUCACCAGGAUUAUGGUGCUUGUCCUUACCGGCCUCGUUCCCAGCCUUGACGACGGCAAGAGCGGCGCCCGUCACAGUCUCAAUGAGGAAGCGGUUGCCCUUCUCACCACUGCCCUCUCGGCCCUCGUCGAUGCAGCUCGCGUGUUCCCUUCCAUCAUCAAAACAGAUCUUCACGCCUGCAUACUCCACAUUUUCGCCACCAUACUGGGCACCGGCUCCUGUCAGGCCACAGUCAUCCCGAAGUCUCUUCCCAUUCUCAAACGCUUCGUCACAAGCAUCUCGCAAGUUGCGGAUCCCGGCUCAAACACUAGCACGCAGCUUCGCGCGACCCUCGUACGCUUCCUACAGACGCUUAAGCGCGCGCAGAACCGGGACUUCGACGCCGCCCUCGCUUGCGAGAAGAACACAAUACUUACCACGACCAUACUACUCAGCUCAGCAGCGUCGGCAUUCACAGCCGAUGACCCGCUGAUCAAGCGCUUCAUCGAAGAACUCUUCGACUGUCUAGGCAACAGAAUGACCAGUAAAGUUGCCGCAGGAUGCUGUCGCUCCCUGCUACUCUUACCAAAGAAAACGCCCGUCGAGACAUCCAUCGCAGCCCAGGUCCUCCCCCAGGUCCUUACUUUCCUUGUUAACCCAUCCGACCUCGAAGGGCUUGACGAGUCCCGCUCCACCCUCGCGCAGACCCUCGUGGCAUUUAUAUCUACCCUGCCGUCACCCACGCAGCGUGUCGUCGCCUCUAAACUUAUCAUCCCUGCAUUACUCGCUAGAGUGAAGAAAGAGCCUAAAGCUAGUGCGGAAACGGCAGGGAGGUUGCUUGAACUCGCGGGCGCGGAUCAAGCUAGUUUCAGGGAGGUUGUAGGUGCGCUGGGGGCUGAGGAGAGGGAGUUCUUGCAAAGGGUGCUGCAGAGUGGGCAGGGGCAGAAGAGGGAGGUGAGGGAGGAGAGCGGGGAGCCGAGUAUUGCGUUGAAGAUGAACUUUGGGUAG